GGAGUUGCACUCUUUGUUUUCUUUUUCUUAUUCGCCGCUGAUUCCAUCUUCCCAGUCGCGGUUCUUCUUCGUCGACGACCCGGAGGCAAACGGUCUUUCUUCUUCUCCCAUCCGUUGAUUGUUCUUCCCCUCCUCAACUCCGGCUACAGGCCUGCAAGUUUUGUUUUGCAAAAGCAGGGGUGUAGCUUCAAUAUGGGAAAAUCUAGGCCACGUGAAGAAGCAUCCGCGCGAGCUAAUCACAAGUUUGAGAAGAAAGUACAGUUUUAUACAAAGGUCAAGGAUACGGUUGCCUCGUUGAGUGCUCAGAAGUCCAUCACUAAGAAGACCAAGGCGCAACGGAGGAAAAAGAAAUUACAGGCAUACGAUCUUUCUCGUCUUUCAGAGUCCUUGCCUGAGUUGAAUGCUCUUCAUCAACCAAAAAAACCAACAGAACUUAAAUUAAACAGCAAAAACAGACAAAAGCUAGUGCUAAAGGAGAGCAAGCAGUUGCAGGCUGUCACUAAUCAUCCCGCUUUCCAGUCAAAUCCACUCGAAGCCAUUUUCCAACAUUUGCAGAGCACGCUUCCCCCAGACGAAUGGGUCCAUGGGUCCUUUGUGUUAGUAGUAUUCAUUUUUGGCAGUUUUUUUGGGUAUUGAAUAUUUUAUUAAGCAUACUUAUUUCAACUUUUUUUUGAUAACUAAAUAUACAUCUUAAUCUUAGGGUCAGAAAAAUUUUGUUAAGUUGUUAAGUUGACUUUAGGGUCAAAAAAUUUAUGACUUCAAAAUCAACUAAACUUGCAUCU